AUGCCAGCUUGUAUGAGCUAUAUUCCCUCCUUGCUGAUAUAUCUCAGUCCCGCACUUGCAUUCUUCAAGGUGCCAUGCAGUACACCUCUGGUAAUUGAGAGAGCGGAUCCACUCAUCUCACCUGGGGUAGCCUCCAAUCAUGUUCACACCAUCAUGGGUGGAUCCGGCUUUGGGUUUACCAUGAACUAUGAAAUGACCCAGAAAUCGCAGUGCAACUCUUGCUCUGCAAUUGAGGACAAAUCCAACUACUGGGUCGCUGCCCUCUACUACCAUGCUCAGAAUGGAAGUUUCAUCCAAGUUCCACAGAACGGUGGAGCUCUGAUAUACUACGAGCAACGCCCUGAUCCAACUACGGACGGGAAAAUUGUGGCACCGCCAGCCGGAUUUCGCAUGAUUGCAGGCAGCCCAUUCGACCGCCACGACCCCCAAACAAACGGCUUUCCAACGACCAACUGCCCCAACGGCCUUCGCGCUCAGGUCUACUUCCCAUCCUGCUGGGAUGGAGUGAAUUUGGACAGCCCGGACCACAAGUCUCAUGUGGCUUAUCCUAACCAAACAUAUGACAAUGGCCCAUGUCCAGCGUCGCACCCAGUGCGCAUUGUCUCUAUUUUCUACGAAAUUACAUGGCAUACCGAGCACUUUGCAGACAUGUGGUAUGGCAACAGCCAACCGUUUGUCUUUUCUUUCGGUGACCCCACGGGAUACGGGCUACAUGGCGACUUUGUCAACGGGUGGGAUAUUUCAGUCCUCCAAGAAGCUAUUGACACGUGCAAUGAUAGCGGUGGAGAUAUCACUGAAUGCUCGCCAAUUCAUCUCUAUCCGGACACUGUCGCGGAUGGAUGUCUGCUGGAACCAUCGAUCGAUGAAGAGGUUGGUGGAUGGCUGACUGCUCUACCGGGCUGCAAUCCCAUCCAACCAGGUCCCAAUGACGCGACAGUCAGGACUGGCUGUGGAGCGCCCACACAAAUUGGCUCCCCGCAGCAUUACUAUACCGAUGUUAUCGGUGAGCUGGGCUGGGAAUGGAUUGGCUGCGCGGUCGACAAUGCAGGGGGCGUAAGGAUCCUUAGUGGCUCCAGCUCGGCGGGCGCCGACAUGACGGUCGAAAAGUGCAUUUCGAAUUGCAAAGCUGCAGGGUAUACAAUUGCCGGCCUUGAGAACUCUCGGGAGUGCUACUGUGGCAAUAGCAUUGACCCUGCCAAGAAGCCUUCUGUCACGCCUAUGGGAAAUUGUCUUUAUCCCUGCAGCGGCAACCCUAGUCAAAACUGCGGGGGUUAUGGCUUUAUCGGACUUUACCAGCAAUGCACGGGCAACUGUCAGAAUUUGCAAUACCCCGUGGUUCCUCACUAG